AUGGCUUGGCCGUGCAUCAGCAGAGUGUGCUGCCUGGCUCGUUUCUGGAACCAGUUCGACAAAUCGGACCUGUCCGUCCCGCUCACCAUCCAGAACUACUCGGACAUAGCCGAGCAGGAGGUGCGAUCCGUCACCAAACAGGUGCCCGGGAAUAACUACUCGACCCCGGACCAGCGUGCUGCCGGUGUCCCUCACGCGUCCAAAGAUGGCCCUGGGACCCAAGGAUCCUUCAGGGGACGGAGGGAGCCCAGUUACAAGCCCCGGGAGGACUACCACCCGCCCGAGAUGCCUUUCACCAGUGUUACCCAGUACAAGCAGGAUUACAAACCCUGGCCCAUUCCCAGGAAGGAUAACUUCCCUUGGAUUAGUAACGGGGGCAGCAGGGCAGACAGUGGUUCGGACAGCCCGGUGAACAGUUCCCACAGCCAGGCGGGCCCGGGGGACAGAGAGGAGCGGGUCAGGGGCCAGAGGUUUGGAGAGCAGCAGGUGAUGGAGGAGAGCAAAACCAGCUCGUACAGGCAAGAGUACAGGCCAUGGACGGGGUCGAGACCGGCCAAAAGUGCGAGGAGAGAUCCUUCAGCUCAAUACACCAGCCCGGGGACAGAGGCCAACCAGGUCCUGCGUGAGACCAGCUACCAGGCUGCCUACAGUGGGGAGGGCCAAAGGUCCAUUGGGCUGCAUCAGGUGGACAACGAUAUCACAUCGGCUGCCUCCAACAUACAACCUGCUGCUGUCCCGCAGCCCAUCCCCACUGCUAUGCAAGCUGGAAGGUCACCCAUCCCCUCCAGCCUCCAGCAGAGCGUCCCGCCUGAGAGGAGCGAGUUCAGUAGAACAAUCAACGGAGAGGAACAUCUGGUGCGGACCAAGUACCCUCCGAACCCUUCUGCCAUCUUUCAAAGCGGACCGAGAGUCUUCAACAUCUGA